AUCAACAACCGCAUGAUGGUUUCCUAGCAGUUACCAUGAAGAAAAUCUAGGUUCACUGCUCCUUGUUGACUCCACUGUACCUGUACGCGACGCGUUUGGCAGGGUCUUUCUUCGAAUCCAACAACUUCCUCCCCAGUCCGCCUCCCUCUCUCGCACUCUUUAUUUUCAGACCAAAUUACAAACCUUAUUUUUAUCUUUCGUCUUUCUCUUCCUCUCUACUUUCUUCCACCUUUUCCCUGUCCUCUCUCUCUCCUUCUCCCUACAGAAAAGCCUUGGCGACCCGGAUCGGCGACUCGGGAAUUUCUCAAGCCCGUGGUGAAUUUCGUUAUCUAAAGGAAAUUGUGAAGAAUAUUUUUUGUUUCAUUUCCCAUGUAAAAGGCUGCAGGUGCUUUCCCCGCGUCAUUGGUCUAUUCCUUCCAAGUAAGAUAUCAUAUUGGCAUGGCUGCUGCAUUGGUGGGUGGAGCUUUUCUCUCUGCUUCUCUUCAGACGUUAUUUGGUCUGUUGGCCUCUCGUGAAGUUGUGGAGUUCUUGCGUGGAAAGAAACUUGACAGCAGACUUCUGAGCAAGCUGAAGGUCACUUUGCUUUCUGUCAAUUCUGUGCUCAGCUAUGCCAAAGACAAGCAGAUUAUUGACUCAGCGGUGGAAGAGUGGCUUGAUGAGCUUAGAGAUGCUGUCCAUGAUGCGGAGGACAUGUUGGAUGAGACUAACACUGAUGCUUUGCAGAAAAAGAUGGAAGCCGAAGCUGAAAGCAGCAGUGAAAGUUUGGUACGACACUUCAGCUGUAUUUCAUUGAAUGCAUUUGACAAUGAAUUAGAACCCAAGAUACGGGUGAUUCUUGAAAGAUUAGAUUUUAUAGUGAGUAGCAAGUCUGUUCUUGGCUUGAAAGAAGGUAUGACGGAUGGUGCGUCGAGAAGAUCACCAACAACAUCUUUGGUGGAAGAGUCUGUUUAUGGCCGGGAUGAGGACAAAGAGGCCAUUAUUAGAUUGUUGCUAUCGGAUGGUGAUGUUUGUAGAAAUGAGAUCUGUGUGAUUCCGGUGGUGGGCAUGGGAGGCAUUGGGAAGACCACUCUUGCUCAGCUCGUAUAUAAUGAUGUCAGAGUGCAGGAAUACUUUGACCUCAGGGCGUGGGUUUGCGUGUCAAAAGAGUUUGAUGUCGUGAGUAUAACAAAAACAAUUUCUGAGACAUUCACUUCAGUGGAUUGUGGCAUUAAUGAUCUGAAUUUGCUUCAAGUUAAACUGAAAGAUCAAUUGAUGGCCAAGAAAUUUCUGAUUGUUCUAGAUGAUGUUUGGAAUGAGGACUACCUUGAUUGGGCCGAGUUAAGGAAGCCUUUCAUGAAUGGGGUGAAUGGAAGUAAGGUGAUUGUCACAACACGUAGCGAAAAUGUUGCAUCGAUCAUGGGUACUAUUCCAGCUCAUUCUCUAAAGCAAUUAAGUGAUCAAGAUUGCUGGUUGUUGUUUGCAAAGCAUGCCUUCAGCAAUCCAGAGUCAAGAGAGCAACCAUACUUUCAAGUGAUGGGUAGAGAAAUUGUGAAAAAGUGCAAAGGGCUUGCUUUGGCUGCAAAAGUGCUUGGGGGGCUUCUACGAUCAAAACAAGAUCCUGAGGAUUGGAAUAAUAUACUUACUAGUGAGAUCUGGGAUUUGUCAGAUGACACACGUAACAUUCUUCCGGCUCUAGGAUUGAGCUACGAUUAUCUCCCAUUACAUCUGAAGCAAUGCUUUUCUUAUUGUUCAAUAUUCCCCAAAGGUUAUAAAUUCAGAAGAGAUGAAGUGGUCUUACUGUGGAUGGCAGCAGAUCUUUUACCACCCCCAAAAGGAAAGAAGAGGAUGGAACAUGUGGGAGAAGAGUGUUUUCAUGAUCUAGUUUCAAGGUCACUUUUUCAACAAUCUAGUGUCGACAAAUCACUUUUUGUUAUGCAUGACCUUGUUAAUGAUCUGGCAAAGUGUGUGUCCGGAAAGUUUUGUCUAAGGAUGGAUGAUGUUGAAUCAGAUUCUCCAAUCAGCAAGGACUCGUCAUUUGACAUUUUCUAGAACAAUGCAUGAUGAGAAGUUUAAGAUGUUAUAUGAUGCGAAGCGAUUGCGCACUUUCCUCCCCCUAACAUGUCAAUCACUGCAUGGACAAUUCCAUUUGUCUGCCAAGGUAACAAAUGACCUGUUACCAAGGCUACCAUGCUUGCGAGCC